GAUUUGCUAACUCUGUGCGGAUAAAAUGGUUUAAAUAUAGGCUCAGCUGGGAAAUACAAACAAUACAUUAUCCCACAUAAUGUCCUGUCAGCUCCUCCCCACCAAGUGUUAGGAGUCUCUCUCGGUCCCGUGAACUCGGUCGUCCACCUAUCGGAGGCUCUGAGUGGCUCGGAUCUCCCCAGCCGCCCCGCGCACUGGCUGCUCCGCGCGUCAUUCGUGCUUUUUGGCCGGCGUGUGGGAGGAGCUGGGUAGAAGCGGUGAAGGGAGGGGUUCGCGGGCAAGAGGCGGCGCGACUGUCAGUUGUGUUCCGCGUCCUCGUCAAAAGUGGGCUGUUGUUGGCCUGAGUGCAGUCAGCACAGCCGGAGCGGCUGUUUCAGUGAGAGCGACGCACCGCGAGGAGGCUCAGGUUCGCUCCUCUCCGCACUUUGACGUCCUCGAGCUGUGGGAGGAAGGCAGGGGAGCAGCGCAGCCACGCAGGCUCUACUCUGAAGUGUCCUCCAACAUUUUCUCUCCAGUAGCAGAAAGAAAGAAAGGAAGAAAGGAAAGGCGCUCCCUCAAGCUUUACGCGCGCUCCCAUGUAGUCCCGCUGUUCGAGCAGCAGAGGAGGCGGACGGGAGACGGAGAGGACUUGUUGCGCGUCUUCGGGGGACGCAUCAGUUCAGCUUUCAUCCAAGUGUGUCUGCGCGCGCAUAUGAUGCUCUGAUUGGAGCGGGCAUGGACUGUGGAGAUCAGCUCCGACUAACAGCCUGAAGUCAGCGCGGAUUUGUGCUUAGCGACUGAGAGAGUCUGCUCACAAUCAAGGAAACCGGGGUGCUUAGUUUCCUCCAGGCGGACAGAGCUGCUGCUGCUGUCGGUGCUCGGGUGAAGACAGGACUCGAUUCAUCUUUAAAUGGCAUCCAGGCUCAGCAGAGGCAAACUUUAUUCGGGUCAGAUCCGACGAGUUGAUUAAUUUUUCCUCUCAAGUUACUUUUAAAUCAACUCCUCCGUAUCCUCGUCGACAUGUCUGAGCGUGAUGGAUGUGGAGAUGGGCUGUGCAGCGACGAAGCGCCCGACUAUAUUCCACAGAGAGCGCCCCGCGGUCGGCGCAGCGGUGUCAUCCUCCCCGGCGGCGGCGGCGGCCAGGACACUGAUACCAUCCUGCUGGAGUCGGUGAAGGCGGCACCUCGCCGGAGCAGCAUCAUUAAGGAUCCCUCAGUGCAAAAGGUGGGCGGAGGCAGGAAGAAGACGGUGUCCUUCAGUAGUAUGCCCUCUGAAAAGAAGGUCAGCAGUGCAGCCGACUGUUUGGCGUUCAUGCAGGGAGGGUGUGAACUGAAGAAGAUCCGGCCCAAUUCCAGGGUUUACUGUCGUUUUUACACACUGGAUCCAGACUUGAGCUGCUUACGCUGGGAGCCAUCCAAGAAAGAUGGAGACCGGGCUCGGCUUGACGUUUCCAGCAUUCGAGAGGUCCGCACUGGGAAGAGCACCGAGACUUUCCUCCACAAUGGCCCUCUCUCUGAACAUCUGGCUGAAGAAGCAGCCUUCUCUAUCAUACAUGGAGAUGACUACCAGUCUCUAGACUUGGUGGCAUUGUCAGCUGAUGUGGCCAACAUCUGGGUAACAGGUCUUCGUUACCUGCUGGCUCAUCCUUCCAUCGUAGGAGGGGCUGGGGGAGCUGUAGCAGGAGGAGGACCAGGUGAAGGAGGGGGGGUGGCCGUUGAAGGAAGCCUGGGAAGCAAGAUGAGGAGCGAGUGGCUGACAGCAGAGUUUGCCCAGGUCGAUGAAGACGGUUACGGGAUCGUGUCAGAGGACGUAGCAGUCGCCACCAUCUGUAAACUGUGCCCUGGUAUCAAGGAGGCCAAGGUGCGUCUCCGUUUCAAGGAGAUCCAGCGCAGCAAGGAAAAGCUGACCUCCCAUGUGACACGUGAGGAAUUUGAGGAAGCCUUCUGCGAGCUUUGCACACGGCCAGAUGUCUACUUCCUGAUGGUGCAACUGUCCAAAGACCGCGAGUGUCUGGACCCUCAGGACCUCCGGCUCUUCUUGGAGACAGAGCAGGGUUUGUCUCUGGCUACCACCGAGGGCUGCUGGGAACUACUGAGGCGUUAUGAGCCUUCUGCCCAAGGCAAGGAGAGAGGGCUGCUGGGUCUGGAUGGAUUCGCCCGCUACCUGCAGUCUCCAGAAUGCCAGCUGCUUGACCCAGAACAGCUAGGGGUUUGCCAGGAUAUGAACAUGCCUCUGUCCCACUACUACAUCAGCACCUCAUACCGCUCCUACCUGUUGGAUGACCAGGUCCAUGGGAGAGCAGAUCUUGGAGGACUGAUCAAGGCCUUGCAGUCUGGUUGCAGAUGCCUGGAGUUGGGAGUAACUGAUGGCCCAGAGGGGGAGCCUUUGCUCGGGGUCGACUGUGGGCCUGAUAUCCCACGACACCAUCAUCAUCACUACCAUCACCACCACCAUGCACCAGUCACUAUCCGCUCUGCUCUGGAGGUGGUCAAUAAAUACGCCUUCCUGACCUCUCAGUACCCUCUUUUGUUGUACCUGUGUCACCGUUGCUCCCCAGACCAGCAGCACACCAUGGCACAGCACUUGAGGAAAGUGUUUGGAUCACGUCUUUACACUCCAGAAGCCCUGCCAGUCAGCCUGGGAGGACGAGCUACAACCUUACCCUCGCCUGAACAGCUUAAGGGACGCAUUGUUAUAGUGGGGAAGAAACUCCCUCCAGACCAUGAAGGCUGUGAUGGGGAAGUGUCUGAGGAAGAUGAGGAGAUAGGAGGAGGGGGACCUCUGGCAGGAAGAAGAAUGACAAUACCUGGUGAGGAGGAACUGGGUGUGGUCUUGGUGGUACCUCCACCCUCUCAACCCAGGAAGCUCCGUCUCCACAAAGAGCUGUCAGACCUGGUGGCUAUUGCUCGAACUGGAAGUCGUAGCUUCUAUGCCCAGAGAGCCAGUCACAAGCAGGCUCAGCAGCAGACUCCCCCGAGUAGUCCAUCCUCUCCCAGCACACCGAUGGCUCCCGAGCUGCCUUACUGGACACUAUGCUCUUUAGGCGAAGGAGAAGCUGGACGGCUGACCAGUGAAAGCCCAGAGGAUCUUGUUAUGUUUACCAAGCGCACCCUAACCAGAGUACGACCCAGCUCCGUGCGUCUGGACUCCAGUAACCCUAACCCACAAGGGUACUGGAAAGGAGGAGUCCAACUUGUGGCCUUGAAUCAACAGACCCCAGGCGCAAUGUUGGACCUUCAUCGAGGCCGCUUCACACAGAACGGAAGCUGUGGUUAUGUUCUCCGACCUGCCGUGAUGCGGGAUGAAGUGUCGUAUUUCAGUGCCCACACGCAGGGCUGCGUGCCAGGUGUCCCACCUCAGACCCUUCGUAUUAAGAUUAUCAGUGCCCAUAACCUACCCAAGCCCCAGGGUUCGGGCGCUAAAGGAGAGGUUAUUGACCCGUAUGUGGUUCUGGAGCUGCAUGGAGUACCAGCUGACUGUGCUGAGCAGCGGACUCGUACUGCUGCUCAGAACCAGGAUGACCCACUGUUUGAUGAGACGUUCGAGUUUCAAGUAAAUAUGCCAGAGCUGGCCUUGCUGCGUUUUGUGGUAUUAGAUGAUGACUACAUCGGAGAUGAUUUCAUCGGCCAGUACAGCGUGGCCUUCGAGUGCCUUCAGCCUGGCUACCGUAAUGUGCCCCUGCUGGGCCUAGCAGGAGACCCCUUACCUCACACCAGCCUGUUUGUCCACGUGGCAGUCACCAACCGACGAGGAGGCGGGAAGGCCCAGCGGCGAGGUCUUUCGGUGCGGAGGGUGGGGAGACGUGGGAGAGAGUACGUCACACUGAGGCACACUGGUAUCAAGGUAGUGGAUGAGACUUUUAAGUCAGCUGGUGGCCCUCUCAAAGAAGCGACGGACCUGCGGGAGGAUGCUCAGAGCACCACAGCCAGUUUCAAAGAGCAGUGUGGGCUCCCCACUGUGGCCAAACUGAAGCAGUGCAUCCAGACCCUGGGCACGAGGCUGCAGAGUCCUGAGGGCACUAUGGGGGCCACCAUGGUUCUGAAGGAUGGCUAUCCAUGUCUGGAGCCCCUGGUCGGCCUUGCGGAACCAACUCGCAAACUGCUCGCUGCUUAUGAAACGAUGAUUGCUGCCCAGAAACAGCUGAUCGAGAAUGCAGAUGCAGUACAGGAGAGGAUCGCUCAGGUGCAGAGGGAAGGAAUGGACUUCCAUGAGGAUCUCUCUCGGCUUGGAGAGAAGGAAGGACUAAAGGGUCGCAAGCUUAACAAAGCCGUGGAGAGUUUCAUCUGGAACAUUACUGUACUUAAGGGACAGAGCGAUCUGUUACGUGGGGCUAAGAUGGAUUCUCUGGAUGCCCUGAGGCAGCUGGCUCUGGCCUGUGAAGCCUGUGGACUCACCUCCUCCUCCUCUUCCUCCAAUUCCUCCUCCUCCAAUUUCUCCACAGCUGAGCUGCACUACUCCUCCCACCCCCUGUCUGGCCGCCGAAGCAGCACACACGGCAACGGACGCAUCUGAGACCCACCUGCCCACCCCCCACCCCCGGGUCCAACACACUGCCAAAGAUGAAAAGGGAGUGAAAAUAGUAAUUACAGAGGAUAGCAGACAGAAAAAAGAAAAGACAAACCUGGACCUGGGUGUGUAAAGCAACAGAUUAGACUGGAGGAUUUUCUCUAUGGUAGAGUGUACUCCUGUAUACAGUGCAGUAAAUGUGUAGACUAAAGCCUUACGGUGAGUCCAGCCUGCAGAGAGGCUCCUCAUGAAUGUCUGCCGGUGGAAGAAAAACGUUCCACACAGGAACUUAAUUUUCUGAGAGCUUAAUUCAGCAUUUAAAAAUCAGCAGUUUCUUCCUCAUUAAAGAGGAAAUCAGAGACAACUUAUUAGUAGUUUGUGACACUGGGGCCACUGACGAUGACGGUCAUAUUACUGGUGUUUCAUUUCAGAGGUGAAGUUUUGGAAAGGAGCGAAUGUAGAGCUGUUACUUUGGCUUGUCCCUUGGGAAGGCAGCAAAAUUGCCUGUGUGUGUUGGAAAUGGUGGAAAGGUGCAAUAACAGAUUGAGAAAACCUCACAGGUGGAGAGUUGCUGAUUACGUUAGCCUAGACUUUUAGUAUUUUUAAGUCACAAAAAUGUGUGGUACUUUUGCUUUUAGACAUAGCUGCAGAAAUGUUUGCAGUUGCUUAAUAUUUAAAAGGACAACUGAGGUUUAAUCGAGUUAGGAUGACCACAGAUCAAGUAGAGUAUAUACUAACAUGACUGACUGUUAGUGUUGUGAUCACUAACCUCUGUCCUCUCACCUGAAUAGAGGAAGUAUCCUUUUUCUGACUCGUUCUCCUUCUUAAAAAGCAUAGCAGCGUCUGCCUAAUUUCUUCACAGCUUUCGAACAAAAUGAGCUUCAGAUGGAGAAAAAGGAUCUUAUCUCAAAUAUGAAGGUUUAUUAAUGAGGUUUGGGAGUUUGGAAAGGUUGCAGGUCAAAUCAAUCCAGCCAUUUGUGUGAUUUAUCGCUUCUUUCCAGACUGCAAUCUCUUAACCUCUGUAGGCCUUAUCUGGCCUGUUUGAGGAUUAAUGCACUUACUAGUUGCCCUUGUAACUCCGAGUACACUCACACAUUUCCCCUUCUGGUUUGUGUGUUUGUGCAAAGAAAGCACCAGAAGCUUGCACACACACAGGUUCUUAUUAUCUCCACGCAAUGGCCUGUGGGACUGUUGGCAUUUGUUGUUUGUUAGUGCGGUAAUUGGAGAGGAUGUGUAUGUAGUACUGCAUGUCUGCUGUGUGGAUCUCGUUACCACCUGACUAUACUGACAUGUGGUGUAAUGAAAGCUCAGAGUCUGUGGAGGAAGAGCGGCUUCCUGCAGCUUGGAUGAAAUUUACUACACUGGUGUAGCAAUAAUAGUAAUACACAAAGACUGUACAACUCAACAAUAGAAUGAACUCAGUUAUAAAAGAAAUCAACUAAAACACAUGUGGUAUGAUGUGUGGCAGGGGCUGCUCAUGGUUGUGUCAGUGAUGGUGUCCUUCUGUGUCUCUGAGCAUUAACAUGUGCUUCUUUUUAACACAGCGAAACUUGUUCUUAAACUCUGCUGUUGUAUCUGUCUCUGGUAAUGCUGGGUUUUAACCAAACUCCAUAGAAGUGAGGCUCAGCAGCACAUGGGACCAAUCUAGCAUGACUCCAGAAACUCUCAGCUCAAGCUUUCUAAGAGUGACAUGUCCUAAACUGGACCUGUUCCACUCCAGAACUCUAGUAGACUGGCUUUCGUGAUUUAUGGUAAAUAAAAAUAAUCCUUAUUUGUCUUAUAAAGUUGUUUCACUUUCCUUUGACCAGCUGCCCUUUGCAGACUUCUGUGCUCAAAGAGCUGUGUGCCUCAAAUGACCAUAUUAGGUAAAUCCUGUCCUGUCUCAUAGCCUGUCACACAGAGCCAAGAGUAGAAAAACUGUGUGAAACAGAGAAUGUAGAGCAGACGCUUACUCACUUAUAUUUGGCCACAUUUAAUAAGAGCAGCCACCACUGGGACCAUAAUGGCAGAAAAUAAGAGAAAAACACAAUAGGUACCUUUGCAAACAACACUGUUUUCUUAAUUUUGUUUGAGAUACAAUAAAAAUCACAUCUUAGUUCUGCUGGAUUGACUUGUGAUUGUAAUCCAGUGCCGACCAACUUAAAUCCCACCUCCGUGUUUGAAGGAGGAGGCAUCUUAACCUAACUUAAGACUAAAAGACAUUUUGAAUGUUUCUUUUGCCCUUUCAGGAGAGCAGGGCCACGGCUAAAUAUUGGAGCUUAACAGCCGGUGGCAUUUUUAGAGUAGACAUGAUAUAAUGAGAAGCAAAGGGUUUACUAACUUAGUCCUGUGCUGACGUGUAUGUGCAAAGCUACUGUAUCUUCUGAAUGAGUCUGCCGUGUUUUGUAAUAACCUCCUUCUUACCCCCUACUUCUCUCCAUCCUCUUGUUCCUGCUGCUCUUCCCGAGACUCCAGGUGGGCAGUGACAGAGCUGGUGUACUGAGUCAUAGCCACAGGAGGAAGCUGACCUAAUAACAUUUCCAUGUUUUUCUUUGGGUGUGUGUGUGUGUGCGUGCCUGUGAAAGGGCUUCACAAAGUAGAAAACAAAUAAUGGCGAGAGAGCAAAGGUUGCAGAAUAGAAGAAGCGUCUGAUAUUGGCUGCAUGUGCGGGUCGGUGGGCACACCUGCAGAGUUUCGUAAUUGGCUGGGAGCAGUAGACAUGGUGACAGCGCCUGCUGUUUGGGUCUAUUAAUAACACUCUGACUCACUGGAGGCUUCAAGAUGUGAGUUUGUGCUGGAGCGCUUAUGUUUGUCACCAUACAAUGGUGCCCUAAUUCCUGACCCGAUCAUACUGGUUCUCGGUCGCUGGUGUUUCGGGUCCUCUGUGGAGGAUCACUGCCCCCAAGAGGCAAGUUUGUAAAUGCUUUCAUAGGGUCAUAGGAGGUGUUGACUGCCUAGAGCUCUCCAGGACUGCAGGGAGGAUCCCUCUGCAUUAAUGGUCUGUGAGCUGCAGGUAAACAAACCACAGUACUAGCUUUCCUCCUGACUAGAAUGAGACGCAGUAAAGCAGGUUGCUCAGUUUACCUGUGCCCAGCUAAGUUAAGCUUAUCCUUGGAGUAACUCAUCAUAUCAAAAAGUAUUUACAUCCCACGGAAAUUGUUUGUUUUAAUAUAUUUGGACAAGUAAACACUAGAUGAGCUUUGAAACUCAUCUGGUGUUUAAAAACACAGGGUUUAAAAACUUAUUAGGCUGUUUGCUGAUGUGUUUGUGCACAGGUGAUGUUACUGUCCAUCUUAGAGGACUCCACGCCGAAAAUUAACGCUUUUUAUUCAACAUAAAGUAUGUAAACUUCAGCAUCUGAAGUUAGUAUUGAUAAAUGAUAAAUGGAGUGGUAAUUUGCUACUCUAACUGUGCACAAAGCACUUUUAUUGCCCCCCUUUUGUCUGCUAGCUCAUUCCAUAACCCUCAUUCCUUCUUUUUUAAUUGUUUCUAUUCUUUUUCAUCACCUCGUCAAAAGGGCCUUGCAUGCAUUCCAAUCAGUCUCUGAUCUCACACAUAAUUAACAGCUGAAUCAGCGUCUGGAAUCGACAGUCCCUAAGGUAGUGAAGCAACCCCAAACCGAUUAUUUCCACCUCCAUAGUUCUCAUGAGGUUCUUCUUCCGAAGCUGCCUUUGGUCAUUCCUGAUACAAUGACUGAGCAACUCAGCCAGGUUUGUUCUCAACUUCUUUUUCAAACAGUAAACACUUUUUGUGGCGCUAUUAGUCGCGAGACUUAAAAUCCUGGUUUGUCUUUGCAUGAAAUGGUGUAUAUAAUAUCAUAAUAUCAUAUCAUAUAAGUUGGAAAACACAUGAAAUCAAUUGCCAGAUUUGUAGACAUUCACAACUGUGAGUAUGAUGGCAAAGUCUUCAGGAGCAAAGAGAACAGCAGAACGAUAAAAAUGGGAGCUCCUAAUGUUAUGGACAUUACGUUUUCUAUGAUGGAACUGACAAAAACAAAAAGAAAAUAAUAAUUUUAAGUUUUACUUCUUUUAAAAUAGCCCCUGUAUUAUUAUUUUUUUACUGUUUCACCUUCAAAUGUUUGCUUAAGUAAGUAAGUAAGUAAAAUUUUAUUUAUAUAGCACAUUUCUAGAUAAAAGAUCACAAAGUGCUUCACAAGGUAUAAAACAGAAGCAGUCCAAAGUUAACAAAAUGCUUGUCCGAAUAUAUCAAAAAGAACUUUUAUGAAGAUCAUAAACUUUUCUGUGACGUAAUGAGUUUUAUGCUCUAUUUAAAAAGCCCGUGAUCACUGAGCUGAUGCACUGAACAAAGGCAGUAUGUAAGCCAAGAAAAAUUGCGGCGUGUCAGGAAUCUGCACCUGAGCCCACAUGUGUUGCUGGAUGAAUCAAAAGAACCAGAUCUUUGUUUCUUUUUCUCACUUGAUUGAACCCCUUUUACAUCUACAACAUAACUGCAACAGCAAAACAUAUGAGAAAUUAUCAAAUGAAUGUCCUUUUAUACCUUCCAGGCAGCUAUUGCUUUCAUUUGGUAUCUGUAUGGUAUGAAAGUCAGCUUCCAGGUUAAACCAGUUCAGUGAACAUCCUGCUCAGGUUUAUUUUAUCAGUGAUAUUAUUCUACAGAUGCAGGCAGACAUAAAACGAGCAAUAUUUUCAUCAACACAACAGAGAAAGUUCGCUUUCUCAAAACCCUUUCUGCUCAAGAAGCUACCAAACUGACAUCACUACAUACUUUGUGAUUAAUGUGAUCAGUGCAACACUGCAGCAAUCAAAAUGAUCUUGGGACUUCUCAGUAGCACACGGUUUUCUCACAAAAACGUUUUCUUUGUUGUUAAAGGUACUUAACAUGUACUGUGUUAUUCAAAAAAAGUUUUCAGUGUUCCAAACAAUAACCAAAGCUUUGAGCAGAUUUUAAAGAAACAACCUCCAAGUCUUUAAACAUCUAUUAUUGUUGUGUUGUAGAGUUAUCAUCUGAAUUUAAGUUUUGUGGAAACAUAACAGCAUGACCUCAAUGCAGUCUUUAUUUAACCAGGGAGUUGUUAAGAGAACAUUCCUCUUUAUGGUUGCCCGGAAAAAGGCGAGGCCUUGUGAUGAAACUGGCCUGUAGGUAAAAACAAAAUAUCAAAACUGAACAGUACACACCCGCUGGUAAAAUCCUGCCACCUGCUGGUGAAAGCUGGAAGUACAUUUAGAAGGGGCUAAUUACAAAAAACUAAAUUAUGCUUUUGUUGCGCACAAGUUAAUAAAGCUGAGCAUGUCGUUCACUGUAGUUUGUUUCAAGCAAGGGUGAGGUCAGUCAUGACGAUCUGUAGUCAUUCAGCUCGCAGACAGAGUGGCAUUAUCCUGGGAAGAAAAGCAAACCAACACAAACGCAGGGUUCAGCUAAUCCAGCACUCCUACGUUUCGUCUUCACGUCACCUCGUGUGAUGAUGGCCAAUGUCAGACGUUUUGCAGUAUUAAAACUUCAGUGUUUACCUCUGCCAAAGGUACUGCAGUCAACCAUUCAGUACAGUGCUUUACAUUCAGUGCAUUGCAUCCCAUUGGUAACCCACUGCUGCUCCCGGAUCCUUGAAGCUAUUUCCCUUUAUGAAAAGUGGGAACACAUCCACGGAAAGAUUACUCUCUCACUGUGAUUCAAUAUUUAAGCAGAAUUCUGGUUUGUUUCAGAUAUUUCCCAUUAUUGUGUCAAUUGCUGCUCCAUGAAUCGUGCUUACUCUGCUCUCCCCUCCACUGUAAAGAUUCAGUACAAAACAAUAUCAACGAAAAGUGUUCUUACUUGAGUCUCUCUGAUUGAAACACAAUAAUGGGAAAUAUGCAAGGUUAAAAUAAGCCACCAUUCACCCAUAUGAUGUCGGUUUGAGGUGUGGGAGUGGUAGACUAGCCAUGUAAAAGAUGGGUGCUACAAUUGUACUGCAAUGUACCUGUUAAUCCAUGUGUCUUAACGUAGAGCCAACCCUCCCUGUACUCUUCAGCCUGUGUGAUGCUACCAGUGGUCAAAUAGCGCUUAACGUUCAUGUGAAUAAUCGGAGAGUUGUUUAUACCUGCCGUAGUGAUGUGGACAAACAUGUGAAACACUUGGAAAUGUGUAAAGGUGUUUUAGGUUUCGUAGGCUAAUAUCUGUGGCAUCUACAAUGUGUGUAUUGGCCUGUAUCUGCACCACUGACCUUUUAAUCCAGUGCUGUUCCCUCAACUGUUCUCAUAGUCCAUUGUAUGUUUUUGUAAAGCUGACAGGAGAAAUAAAGACCAAAAGAAGAAAAAAUAUUUAUUGAAGUGUGUUUUAAAGCUAUAAAUAUAUAGAAUUAAUUAAAUGGACCUUGCUUUUAUUUUGAAAAGCUACUGUGUUUUCUAUCUGACUAAUAAUCAAAUAUAACAGUAUGUAUCCCAGCUAAAUAAAGACUUCUUUUCCUGA